AUAAUAACAGGUGAAAUUGUUCUGACUCGCACAAUUCCACUGAUUUUGUGGAAGCUAUUCAAACACAUGGGACAAGGAAACAGAGAGUGCAAUAUAUUCUAUUGAAGAUAUUAUUUUUUCUAAUUAAUUUCAAAUAAGUAUGGAAGGGUAAUUUUUUAAUUGAAUCAUAAAUUUAACAAAAGAAUUAUGUCAGCAGAUUACAAAUUGUAGGGGAUACAUAGAUUAUAGCUAAAAUUGUGUUAUGUAUAAAAGAUUUCAGAAAAGUGACCAAAUUUUAUUUGUUUAUUGAUAAUAUUGCAAUAUAUUGCCAAAAAUGCAACUAUGUGUGCCUGUGUGUUUCAAGUCAGCUGUUUAAUUGUUUCACAAAUUCAAACCAAAACAAAGUAAAUAAUAAAAACUAAGUUUGUUUUUAAGUUUAUGUUAAAAUGCUAAAUAUAUGUUUUACUGGACGAAAGAUUAAUUGUGGGUUAUCUACGCGUUUGCCGUCAACCAUGGGGCAGAUUUCCACCAAUGCGAUUGCAGGAAACAAGCCGGUUACUAAUGACGCUGAUAAUACUAUACCGCCAAGGAAAUCCACAAUUAAAAUGAAUGGGUGGCAAUUGCACAGCUAUGGAGAUUUGGAAGAGUUGCAGCAUACGAAUAAUUUAAAAAUACCGAAAAUACGCUGCGCUUCUGAUUGCUUAGUACGAGUCCGUUGUACUACAGUGAAUCCAAUUGAUGUAGCUAUGUUGAGCUAUGGCUCAAAAGUAUUGAAUGUAAUGCGCUGUAAGCCAAAUGAAAUUGAGUUUCCUUUAAUAUUUGGAAGAGAGUUUAGUGGUGAACUGGUGCAACGUGGUAUGGGAGUAAGUCCUAAAUUACCCAUAGGUGCUCGAGUUUGGGGAGUAGUGCCAUUACAAAUGAAUGGUGCACAUGCGGAAUAUGUGACUGUGCCUGAGUAUUGUUUAUCAACAGCACCAGCAAAUUUAACGAAUGAAGAAGCUGCAUCUGUGCUGUAUGCAGGAUUAACUGGUUGGUCAGGUCUCUAUAUUACUGGUGGUAUAGGUGGUUUAUGUGGAGCACUGUCAGCUACUGGGGGUGGAAAUUAUAAGCGUGUACUUGUUCUUGGUGGCUCUGGCAGUGUAGGGUCUUUGGCUAUACAAAUGCUUAAGUCACAAGGUGUUCAAGUACUCACAACUUGUAGUGAAGAUGCUGUAGAAAUGGUAAGAUGUAUGGGUGCUGACUAUAUUGUGGAUUACAAAAAUCCUGUUGAAAUGGAUACAUUGCGCGACUAUGCACCGUAUGAUAUUAUAUUAGAUUGCGCUGGUCAAGGCGCUGAUCACGUAGAAAAAAUAAAUUUGAAAUUCCGGCAGUAUAUAACAUUUACAUCACCCCUUUUGCGUAAUAUUGAUAGCUCUGGUAUGGGUCUGGGCUUGUUUAAAAACGCAGCUAAUUUAGUGGAAACAAAUGUUAAGUCGCUAAGCAAUAAUGGCGGAUUGGUCAAAUGGGGUUUCUUCACACCAUCACCAAAUGGCAUAUUGUUUCUGAAGAAACUGAUUGAACGACGGAAGUUGUUGCCUUCAAUAGAUAGCACAUUCAAAUUUUCUCAAUUACCAGAGGCAUUCAAAAAGGUGCAAGAUGGUCAUCUACGUGGAAAGGUUGUAGUUAUCGUUAGUUAACGUUAAAAAAUAUAUUUUGUUCUUUUGCAUAACAUUUUGAAUAUUUUAAUUAAAAGUUGUGGCUGAUUAAUAGAUACGUUCUGUAGUAAGCAUAACCUAGUAUGUUUUUAGGUGAUAAACUUUACAUACAUAUUUUUAAGUAAAAAUAAUUUAAUAAGAUUGUUGGACGGACAGACGGUUUGUUUAUAUUGAAUAGUAUAUUUUAAAUAAAUUUACUAG